AUGAAUCACGGCACUGCGGAAGGCUCGGCCUGUAAGGUCUCGAUGCUGUGGAACUGGGACACUGUUGACGCUUUCUUUGCCACAGGUUUCCUUGCCGAAUCCUGGCAGAUCGAGAAUAAUGGAAUGAUGGCCGCAUCCUGUGUCGGCGUCGCCCUCCUCGUCGUGGUUCUUGAAUGCCUUCGGCGACUAGGCAAAGAAUAUGACGGGAUGAUCAUCCAUCAGGUACAGCGUCGCGCUGCGUAUUUGUCAACCGAUCACAAAAGUCCAAGAGAGAGCGCCGGCUGCUGCGCUCCACCAGACUCAGUCGCCAUUAUGCCACCGCGCAUGCUCACAUUCAGAGCGUCCCCAUUACAGCAGGUCGUGAGAGCUGUCGUUCACGCUGUGACGUUUGGUGUUGCAUACAUUGUCAUGCUCCUCGCCAUGUACUUCAAUGGAUAUAUCAUUUUCUCCAUCAUCAUCGGAGCAGGCUUAGGCAAGUUUCUUUGUGACUGGCUGGUUAUCAGAGUGCAGGUUGGUGGCGGCGGCAGGGCUGGAGAAGAAGCGACUGGCAUCGAUGAGACGACCGGAUACGCCGCUGCAUCGGCCACACCAUCGUCUGGGCCUGUGGCCACAAUCCACUAA